ACCCAUUUCUUGGAAAUGAAACUGUUUUACUGGCUAUACAGCUGCUUUUUCGCUAGCCUUAUAUUCGGUAUAGACCAUAUGAGAAAUGUGCUAUCAGAACCAGAGCAGAGUGGGGAGCAAUACUACUCGAUGUCGACACCAGGCCUAGUGAGUUUGUUGGAGUUGGAAUUUAAGUUCAUAUCCAACAUGAAUGACUAUGCGAAUGCGCUGGAGCAGAAGCUGCAGGUUUUACGCAGUGCCUUGAACGCAAUGGACGUGGAGAGGGCAAAAGCCCAGCUCGAUAAAAUGCAGUAUGUGUCCAACCCAAUCAACUCAUUUUCCUUAAUACGGCGCUUGCAUCGGGAUUGGAAGAAAUGGCAGGUCUAUAUGGAGCAACCGCUGGGUAAGGAGCAAAUGGCAUUUUUCGAACAGCACCGCCAUAACCUGCCCACCGAUAAGGAUAUGUCGGCAGUUGCCGACGCUAUCCACCGCAUUCAAACUACCUACUUCUUGGAGGCAUCAGAUAUGGCCUCAGGACUGCUCAAUGGCAAGCAAUAUAACACCAGUUGGAAUGCUCUGGACAUAUAUACCGUAGGGAAGAAUCUGUAUAAUACGGGGAAAUAUAAGGAUGCUAUCAAAUGGCUAAUUGAAGCUAUCGAAUGGCUCAAAAGGCAUCAACUGCCCGCUCCACUGGGCCUACAGAUGACUACAGUGCAGCUGGACUAUGCCCAAUCCCUAAUACAAUUGGAGCAAUACUCGGAUGCCCUAGAAUUACUUCAAAGCCUUCAUAUUGACGAGUCAAGUGAUCCAGAAAUGUUAGGCCUCAAGAACAAAACAGACGAGAUAAUACGCAAUUUAUACCAAUUGGUAUCAACGAGUCCCAAUACGAUAAAUAAUAAUUCAACAACUAGCAGCCCAUCAAGCUAUUUAUUGGGGUGUCGGGGUAAGUUUCCAGCCCACCCGAAACUUUACUGCAAAUAUAACAAGACGACGACACCCUUUCUACGACUGGCACCACUUAAAAUGGAGGUAUUGAGCUUGGACCCCUACAUGACGCUCUACCACGAUGUGAUCUCUCUACGCGAGGCCACCGAAAUAAAGGAACUUGCAACGCCGAUCCUGCGACCCACAACUGUCGACAGAAACGGUUCAAAUGUUGUGAGCAAGGUGCGCACUGCAAAGGGUGUGUGGUUUGCAGACGACUACAAAGAGGUUAUCCAGCGCAUUAAUGAACGAAUCGCCGAUAUGACUGGAUUUAACCUGACAAAUUCCGAGAAGAUACAAGUCAUAAGCUAUGGCGUGGGCGGACACUAUGGGGUCCAUGGGGACUACUUCGAGGGUCAAGCGGAUAGCAAUUUGUUACAUGAUAAUCGCAUAGCAACCGUGCUUUUCUAUCUAAACGAUGUGGAACAGGGUGGUGCAACCGUGUUUCCCAGAAUAAAACGGCAUGUGCUACCUCGACUUGGCGAUGCACUCCUUUGGUAUAAUCUAUUGCCUAGUGGAGAGCCUGAUCUACGGACUCGGCAUGCAGCCUGCCCAGUAAUUGUGGGCUCCAAGUGGAUAUUCACCAAGUGGAUUCGCGUGAAGGAGCAAUUUCGUAUCAGACCCUGUCAUCGUGAUUAGACCAUAAAACGCGCUCCUCUAUAGUACAAAUUAUUAAAUGCAAAUUUCUUACUGCAUAUUAAACGUUAUACAUAUACUUGUAUGCUGCUUUAAUCUCUCAA